AUGUGUGUUUGACUUCAAGAAUGAAUAUUUAUUUACUUUUAUAAACAAAAAUAGAAGAGUAAUUGUUGUUUGUAUGUUUCCUUACAAAAGAAGAUAAUUUUCUAUACUAUUACUUUGUUUAUGCUAUUGUGACAUUGAAUGAUUUGGAUUGAAUUUAAAAUUUAAAUACCCCACCUGUAAACAGUGUUACGAGUGUUUAAAAAUUUCCAGAUCUAACAUCAGAAAUGAAAAGGGUAUCUGCUUUUUCUGUCUUUUCAAGUAAAAACAAAAAAGGGAAGUGUGCAGAUGAAGAUACACCAAAGAUUAAGGUUUCACCAGGCAUUUCCUCACUGAGAAAAACAUCCAGUACUCCUACUGUUGCAGGAGAAAGCAAGACAAAGAAAUUGCUUAAAGUCUUGAAAGGUGGCAGUUUGAGAGGUAGUUUUAAAGGGUCGGCGACUAAAUCUCGUCAGUCCAUUCUUCCUGAUGUUGCAAUGGACAGUCCAUUUAUACCACAUGGUGGCGACCCUGACUGUGAACUCACAAGUAUCAAGAGUGACAGUGUAAAGAAAAAUGGAUCCAAUAAACCCCCUCUUCCAAAGAAACCAAGCCGAAAGGACAAAAAGAAAAUUCAGCUUGAUGAUGCCACUGACAAGGCAGCUGAUAAUGAUGAAAACACUAAUGUGACCAAUUAUUCUGGUGUAAAACGCCAGUCUCCUAGGAACGAGGGUGUUCAAGAAAAUGGACUCACAAGGGGUAAAAGAAAAGUGUCACCAACUAAAGCCUCAAAGUCAUCAAGUGAUGAAAUGGAAUUGUCGCCAUCGAAGAACGAUACAGCUAUGCAUAACAUGGGACAAGACAAACCACCACGUGCAAAAGUUUCAAAGGGACAGGCAAAGGUUUUGCCACCAAAUAUAUCGCCAUCUGCAAAACAUUUGAAAAAGAAAGAUAAAAGUUAUGCAGAGGAAAUAACAGGACUUGAUCUAUCUGGAGUUGGAAAUUUGAAUGCUGAUGAAAAGAUCCAAAGUUGUUCCGAGUCUCAGGUGCCAACAGUGAUGUAUGACAGCACUGCAGAAGCCAAGAGAGCCUUUGAUACCUUGAUUCAUCCUGUCACCAAGCAAACGUUCUUCAGAGAGAUGUGGGAACGAAAGCCACUGUUGGUGAAGCGACAUCUUCCUCACUAUAAUCAAGGCUUGUUCAGUACUUCGGAUCUAGAUGGAAUUUUAAGAAAGGAAAAUAUUCAGUUUACUACCAAUCUGGACAUUGUGUCAUAUGAGGAUGACAAGCGAGAGACGCACAACCCAGUAGGUCGAGCGUAUGCUCCAGUGGUGUGGGACUAUUACCAGAAUGGUUGUUCGGUGAGGCUGCUCAAUCCACAAACAUACUCGAAAAGUGUUUGGACGUUACUGGCGAAACUACAGGAAUUCUUUGGUUGCUCAGUUGGUGCUAAUAUUUAUUUGACACCUCCUGGCACCCAAGGAUUUGCACCUCAUUAUGAUGACAUAGAAGCAUUUAUUUUGCAGUUAGAAGGCAAAAAACAUUGGAGACUUUAUAGCCCAAGAAGUACAUCUGAAAUGCUGCCAAGAUUUUCCAGUGACAAUUUAAGCCAGGAGGACUUGGGAACUCCCAUUCUGGACAAAAUACUGGAAGCAGGUGAUAUGCUGUAUUUUCCAAGAGGGACCAUACACCAGGGCCGAACAUGUGCGGAUGCUCAUUCGCUACACAUAACAGUGUCUGCAUUUCAGAAGAACACUUGGGGUGAUCUUUUACAAAAGCUCUUACCAUCAGCUCUGCAGUCUGCUAUGGAGGAAAAUCUGGAUUUUCGAAAAGGCCUUCCAUUGGAUUAUUUGAAUUUUAUGGGUGUUGUUAAUUCAGAUAAGGACUGUCCUGAAAGAGUGGACUUCUUGAGCAAGAUGAAACAAUUACUCACUUCUCUGGUGUCGUAUGCUCCAAUAGAUGCUGCCUGUGACCAGAUGGGAAAACAGUUUGUGGUAGAUUCAUUACCACCUGUCCUUUCUGAAGGCGAAAAGCAGUGCAGUAUACACGGAACAGGCGAGCACUGGAACAGUGAGGAGCAUGGUGUGAGAGGGACUGUCGAGAUUGAACCCGACACACACAUCAAACUCGUCAGAAAAGGGGUUAUUCGCAUCAUAACGGAGGAGGACCAGGUUCGGAUCUAUCACUGUCUUGAGAAUGCUCGCAUUUUCCGCGAAGUUGAGCCACAGUAUAUUGAGAUACAAGCAGAGGUGGCUCCAGCAGUGGAAUUCCUGAUACAUAACUACCCCGAGUAUAUCCCAGUAGACAGUCUGCCACUGGACUCCCUCGAGGAAAGAAUAAGUAUUGCGAAGGACUUGUACGAGAAAGGUCUGUUGAUUACUGGCGAUCCCUUGGAACCACUGUAUGACACCAGCGAAACUGAUGAUAAUGGCCAUUUGUGAAAAACUACUUUCUUAUGAAGUGGAACAUUCCACAAAACAUUUGAAACAUUAACUUGUGCCAUUUAGCUGUUGGUAGGUCUUCCUAUUGAUGAAAACAGGGGACAAUAUUUCAAAAUUCAUGUUGACCAGAAGUCAGUUUGCAUGAGUUUUACCUAGUUAACCAAUUAUUUGGUGACAUUAAAUAUAUUUAAGUGACAUGUGAGUAACGCAUAUACUACCGAUCCUGGAGUACUACAUUCAUUGAUAUUCCAAAUGUAGUGACAAAUUGAUUUGCAAAUUAUAUAAUAGUAUUUUUCAAGUGUUCAGAAUCAUUUGAAAUUUAACAAAAAUAGUUUACAAGUCUUGACAGGGUGCAAUACUUCUCACAAACCAUUGUUCUGUUUGCGUGUCGGUUACUCAGAUUUAAAUUCAUGCAAACUGCCAAUAGGUUACAUGGUGAACUGCGCCAGAUAGGAAAAAGGUUGCUGUAUAUACAAGCUUCCAGAACAGACAUUUAAGUACAUGUACGUCUCAGCCUCUUCACUUCAGAUCUGCUAAGUCAAAUCCAGAGUUCGGGGAAAUGUUCCAUUGAAAUAUGGAUUGUAAUAAUUUUAUUGAGUUGAAGAUUUUAUGAUCGAGGACCAGGGCCCGUGCUUAUAAAACUUAAAGUCUAGACUUUAAUAAAGUCCAGACUUUAACGUAAUGCUAUUUGAAUGGCGUUGUCAUGACGUUAAAGUCUGGACUUUAUUAAAGUCUAGACUAAGUUUUAUAAGCACGGGGCCUGAUCUCUUAGCAGUAGAAAUCUUAUAGUCGCUUUCAUGAUGAUCUCAUUCAAAUUACACUUGCCAAGAUUAGAUAUUAUGUAAAUAUACAAUAUUUCACAUUUACUAAUUUACUACAUUUCUUUGUGUCGCUUUUUUAAUGUGUAAAUUAAUGUAAAGAAGGGGGAAAUGUGACUUUAUUUAGCUAUGAUGACUUUUAAGUUUGGUUAACUUAGUCUCAUGUUAAAAUACAUGAUGUUUAUUGUCAAGGUUAACUGUUUAAUACAUUUAAUGUUACAAAAUGUGAUGCAGGUAAUAUGCUGCUUUUAGAAUUAGUUUUUAAACAUAUGUAAUUAUCUCCUUUGUAGUCAGGAUUGAAGGUUCUAUAGUUUAGGUUCCGUUACAUCAAAUAUAUUUCCAUUGCCAAUAAUGUUAAAAAGCCUUUAUUAUAAAUGAAAACAUUAUGUAAUAUCAUCUCUGAUAUUUGACUCAAAAUGGCACAACAAAAGUUUUGUCUUGUUUUAACUUUACUUUAUCGGAAACUUAACCUUUAAUACAGAAAUGACUUCAAUUUUUUCUUUGAUACUUACAAGUAGGUUGACCAUCACGGUAUUUAAAGUGACCGAUUUUUUUAAAGUUCUUCACUAUUUUUAUUACUAAAUGGAAACAAUGGUACAUGUGGUGUAACAGCUAGAAUAGAUAUAACAGCUAGAUGAGACUGUUGGCUAAGGGAUGGGUCAUUUAGAAUGUUUAUGGUCAACCUACAUUUGUCACCAUUACAAGUCUUCCAGUAUCAUUAAUGUCCACAGGUUAAAUCUUUGUAAUCAUAUAUGUACUGUAUAUAUUAUACUAUUAUGGUUAAAUGUCGAAUUUAUGUCAUUUUGGGUUUUUUUACCCGUGUGGCUGAAAAUCACUUUAAAUGACCUUGUACAAUGUACAUGUAGGUAUAAAUAUUAAAAUGACUGACCAUG